AUGGAAAUCUAUCAUAAUCAAGAAUGGGCAAGAGAUGAGCGUUAUUCAUCAUUCUGGGCUUACUACCUUGCUGUGGAGAAGUGGAGAACUGACCAUGCACGAAUGGCAGAAAUUGCAUGCCGAGUCACUAAGGACAAAAAGAAACCAUAUCAUCAACGCAAUAAACCAGUCACUCCAACAAAAAGACGAACAAAGAAAGUACUGUCUUUAAGAAUGGAAACAGACGCUGAACACAUAACAGAGCAGAAUGUGGUGCAUAAGGAGGUUGCCAGCUCCUCAGUGUCAGUUGAUGUAGAAGAGAUGUCUGAGGAAAUGGUAGCAUUUUUUAGGAAAACAAUAGAGCACCGGAAGUCACGCGCUGCUGAAAAAGCGGAGAAAGAACGUAUCGAAGCUGAGCAGCGCGGUCAGGAAGACGAGCACUGGAUACGUCUAAACGAUGAUGACUAUGUAAUGGCCGACAAAAUCGGCGUUUACGGAAUAGAGAGACGCACAUUCGCAACACCUGACGAAGCUGCUAAAACACAGUUAAGAAGGGAAAAUGCUAGAAAAAUGUACGGCGAAGCCUCUGAACGUAUAUUGGCAAUGGAAACCCUCGUCGACAUGCGAUUCGAGCAAGAAUAUGCAAAGAAGAGGCCUCCAUUGUGGCCGAACAUUCCCCUUAAGUUAUAA